AUGUCACGCUACCGGAUCCAGUGCGCGACCUACAACGGCAAACUCGCAAAGGGUCGCACGCACUCGCUCGCGAGCGGCGAGCCAUCGGACGACCUCAGCGCUUGGCUGGCACCGACGCUCGAGGAUGGAGGAGACGAGGCGCCUGAUUUCGUUGCGGUGGGAUUCCAGGAGAUGAUCCCGCUUCACCUCGCCCUCGCCGGCUUCACCAAGACCGCCCUCGACUUGCACGACGACGAGCUGCGUUUCGCGAUCGAGGAGCGCUACUCUCAGUUUUCCUCGGGGCGAAAGAAGCGCUCGUCCCCAGACGGCGAGCGAUACAGCCUCGUCGCUCGUCGCGCAAUCGGCGGGAUCGCUCUGCUCUUGUAUGCGCGCGAGGCGUCUGUCGCUGCGCGAGUGAGGGACGUGCAGGUCGCGACUGUUGGAUGUGGAGUGUUUGGGGUGAUGGGCAACAAGGGAGCGGUUGGGAUUAGGGUCGUCCUGGAUGAGAAGGACGGCGGCGAGACGAGUAGUUGGACGUUUGUGACGGCGCAUCUGGCGGCGCAUCAGAACAAGAAUAAGGAGAGGGCGAGGGACUGGAGGGCGAUCGUCGAGCGGCUGGUUUUCGAGGGCAACGAGGGCCAGAAGCAGAUGUUCGAUACCGGCCAUGUCUUCUUCUUUGGCGACCUCAACUACCGCAUCUCGCUCACGACGCCGAAAAAGCUCCCUCUCCACCUUCUCAAGCACGGCAUCAACUCGCUCACCCCCUCAGACCCAUCAACCUACGCCUCUCUCCUCGCCUACGACCAACUGCGCCAAGAGCGCGCCGCAAACCGCUCGCUCCACCACCUCCGAGAAGGCGACAUCACCUUUCCCCCGACGUACAAGUUCAAACCUGGCACGCGCGACGAGUACAAGAACUUCAAGAAGCGCGUGCCUGGGUGGUGCGACAGGGUUUUGUAUGCGUCGGCGGCGGAGGACGAGGCAGAGGUGUUGAGCUACAAGUCGGUGAUGGAUUUUACCCGGAGCGACCACAAGCCAGUCGCGGCGCUCGUCUCGAUUCCCUCCUCGUCCGCUACUCGUCGCCUGCCCUACCGCUCCCCCUACAGCAUCGACUCGUCCUGGCGUAUCAAGCAGACUAUCGGACUCGUCCUCGACCGCUUCGUCGGCAUCGUAUGGUGUUUGAUCAUGCUGGCUGGGUUUAACAAGGACGCGAGGCUCGGUAUCGUCAACAUUGCGCUCGCGACGUUGGGAGCGUACUACCGUCGUGUCUUGUUGUAG